ACUCCUUUCCGUUUUUACUUCUCAACCUCAUCACCAUCCAACUCUUCAAUUCUCCACUGCCAGAAGAACAGAGAGACACACAGAGCUCAAGCUCAAAGCAACCUCCUCCGAUGGCGGCGACAGUGUCCACCAUGGCCAUGCUCAACGCCAAGUGCUUGGCCACCAACUCCUCCUCGCAGCCUAAGCUCAUCCCCGCAAAGCCAUCCCUCAAGCCCACCUUCCUCAACCUCCCCGCUGGCCUCCUCUCCACCUCCCCCAAGCAGGCCCAAAUCCUGGCCGGCUCCGCCAUCGCCGGGGCUGUCUUCUCUACACUCAGCCAUGCCGACCCGGCCUUCGCAGCCCAGCAGAUCGCUGAACUGGCCGAGAGUGACAACCGCGGGCUCGCGCUGCUGCUGCCCCUCAUCCCGGCCAUCGCUUGGGUCCUCUUCAACAUCCUCCAACCGGCGCUGAACCAGAUCGACCGGAUGAGGAGCACCAAGGGGGUGAUCAUCGGGCUCGGGCUUGGCGGGCUUGUCGGAUACGGGUUCGGGCCGGCCCAGGAUGCAUCGGCUGCCGAGCUGGCGGCAAUCGCCGAGGCCUCGGGAAGCGACAACAGAGGGCAACUCUUGCUGUUCGUGGUGGCUCCGGCCAUUUUGUGGGUGCUCUACAAUAUCUUGCAACCGGCUUUGAACCAGAUCAACAAGAUGAGAUCUCAGUGAAAGAUAAAACGAAGUUAGAAAAGAACUGGGUUUUUGUGGAAGUGUAUCGGAACUUAUAUAUAACAUGUACCUGCACUUUCUGUCAAUGGAAUUUUCUUGUC